AUGCUCUCACUGCUCGUCCGGUGCGCUGCGGCCGCAGAGGAAACACUCACCUUCGACGCCUCUGGCUCCUUGUCUCUACCGAGCGACCCUACAGCAGCUCCCGCUCGCCCUUUGACUGACCUGUCGGCGGUGGAGGUGGUGCCUUUCUCGGCCGCUCAUUCAGACGGUGACUCAGAGUCGGAGGGGGGAGGUUUAUCGGGGCAGCCGGCCUUCGCUUCUGUCUUAACUGUCAUGGCAGGAACUGUCAAACAUCCAGUGAACCUUGAUCAAAGUAGAACCUGGCCGACUGCCACCGGGGACGAGACACACACCACCCAAUGGCCUUCAUAUAGUUUCAGCCGUGGCUCAGAGAUGUCUUCCUCACUGUCGUAUGCCGGAGAUAGGAUCCCCCCCUCCGGCUCAGAGGCGCCGGGGACAGACGAGUUAAACGCUGGAACAUCGCGAGCUGUCGCACUCACCUUCCUCAAAGAGAAAGAGGCCGGUCUGUCCCCGUCUCAAUCAGACAGAUUCACGCUUUCUGCUGCUCCCACUGAAAUGUCAUCUCAGGUACCGCCUGUGACGCCCCCCCUGGACACCACCACAGCCUCGCUGAAGCCCACCACCGCAGCCGCAGCUUCAACCACCACGAGUCAACAUAGUCCCACCACUAGCACGCCUUCCCUGAGGGUCACCGCUGGAACCACGGAGUCCACCGCCAUAACCACUCAGCAGCCCACAGCUGUUACCAGGAGAACCACCACCACCACCACCACUGUCAGGACUCAGACCAGGAGAACAUUCACUCCACUUGUCCCGAGAACAAGUCCACCAAGGGGGGCCACCCCCACCUUCAUCUCCCCUUUCACCACCACCACCGAGGCUCCUCCACAGCAGUGCAACAUCACGGAGAGGAUGUGGGUGAAAACAGUCGUUUCCAUCUAUGUGCGGAGGAACAGGCUGGACAGCAUCCAGAGACAGAACCUGCGGAGGGGACUGAGCCAGGGCCUCCGGAAAGCCCUGAAUGAUACUUCUGCACAAGCACAGGUGGAGACUGUGUUUGGCUCUCCCAACAUGACAGUGGCUUAUCACGUGACCGGGGGGGAUAUCGUCUACCCGCCCUCUGUAGUGCUGGACGGUUUGGAGUCCUACGGUCGUGAUAAGCUGAUUGCAGACCUGCGACAGUAUCUCCCCAUGGUAACAGCCCUGCCCCUCCCAGCUGCAUUAUGGAGAUCAGGCCCUGCCACUGGCUUCCAGCUGAAAACAGUGCUGCAGUUUGUGGGAGCGGGCGAUAAUCCUCGGUCCUGUCGAUUCUCUCAAAUGAUGGAGCAGAGGCUUGAGAAGGUGUUUGCAGAAGCACAGGCCAAAGUUCUCAGCACUAGCAGCAGGCUCUCUGUUCAGAUGUUGAGCGUCACUCAAGCAGCAGGCUCUCCUGCUGUGUCACUGGUCUACACUGUGAGUAAUGGCACUGUCUUCCUUAAUGGCACCACAGCCUCCAAUCUCCUCGGUCAGCUGUCAGCUGAGCUGGUGGGCUACUUCCUCUUCUAUCCGCCACUUAUCAUCGCUGAGCCACUGGAGUAUAACAAUCUGAACACGUCCAUUGCAACCAGAGACUUCUGGGUUAUCACAGUGAUCCAGGACGUGGAUAACGCCAGCCUGGAGGGACAGUACCAGAGCUUUGCCAGUUUAAUGGAGCAGCGACUGGCAGAGCUGUUUGUGUUGGCCGGCCAGCAGGGCACUCGCUUUAGACGAGCCACUACUGUCGGCAGCUACACUGUCCAGAUGGUGAGCAUCCGUCGAGUGUCAGGGUUGAAGAAUCCAGCAGAGAUGACCUACUACAUCCAGCACAACAGCGUUCCCUUACCAGGCACGUCAGCGGCCAAGGUCCUGAACACAUUGGAUUCUCAGACCAUGGCCCUCACCCUGGGCUACUUUGUCCAGCUGCAAGCAGAACCUGUGGUCAAGAACCCUCCUAAUAACCUCUGGAUAAUUGCUGCAGUGUUGGCGCCCAUCGCUGUGGUUACCCUCAUAAUCAUCAUUAUCACAGCCGUGCUGUGCAGGAAGAAUAAAAAUGACUUUAAAGCUGACGCCAUCGGCAACCUCAAUCCCCGAGCUAAGAUGACUUAUCGCAGAGAUGUGGGCUAUUUUCACCAGCCAGUCCAGGGGUUCGACUAUGCCAAGCAGCACCUGGGCCAGCAGGGAGGGGAUGAGGAGACCCUGCCUGUCAGUCAGGAUACAUUAGUCAUGUCCCUGCAGAUUCGAGACACGCCUCUUGCUCUAGAAAAGGCCCUGCAACUCGACGGAACCGCCAACAAGAAAAGCCUCAGCUCUGACAAACGUAAAAGCAAGUUGCCGAGCGAGGACGGUUCCGUCAUCAGCGACGAAUCAGAGAAGCUGAAUUCCGGCAGGGGCUUGACGGCGCCGAAAGUCACAGCUCAGCAGAAACUGACAAAGGAGGAGACGCGCAAGAGGGACGAUCCGUAUGACUCCUCCUCUGGCUCCCUGCAGCUCAUUUCCAUAAAGCCUGUGGUGGCUCAGCCCAGCUACUCCCACCCUGCAUCGUCUGUCCGCAGCCACGACUCAGCCAUUGUCAACGGAGAGGUGAACUUGGCUCUGAAGCAGAAGUCCGACAUCGAGCACUACAGGAACAAGCUGAGGCUGAAGGCCAAGAGGAAGGGCUACUAUGACUUCCCCUCCACCGACGGCAGCGGCGGCAGUCGAGUCCCAGCGCAGAGACAGCGGCACGGCCAUGAGAGGGCAGCCGGUGAGCAUGGCAGACCACUGGAGCCUGAUGAUGAGCGAGGUUCCACUUAUGUCAAGUCUCACAGGAGGCACUCCCAGGUAGGGCAGACGGCCUAUCGCAGCCGGCAGAGUCUGAGCAGUCCGAGUCCUGGAGGGACGGAGAUGGACCUGCUCGUUAUGAGGGAGCGACCCAGGAGAGGCAUCCGCAACAGCGGCUAUGACACUGAGCCUGAGUUGAUUGAAGAGACGAAUGUUGACCGCCUAAUGGGUCCGCGGGGAUACAUGUACGGCCGGGGCCUGAAAGGCCACUCAGAGACGUCUACUCUGAGCUCACAGCCGUCCAUUGAUGAAGUGCGGCAGCAGAUGCACCUGCUGCUGGAGGAGGCGUUCAGCCUGGCCUCGGGGGGACAGUCCACGUCCGGAAGGCAGUCCCACCACCACAACCAUCACCAGCCCCCUCCUGACCACUACAACUCUACCCCGCCUCCACUCCCCUACGUAGAUGUUGUGACCAGUGCUCCUGGCACGAUGAACUGUGGGCGAGGGGGUCUGCAGUGGGUACCUUCAUAUGGUGCAGACGUGUAUCAGUGCAGCCUGCCUAAACCAGCCUUUCGCUUCACCCAGCUUCCUGAGAUGGCCAUGGGUUCUCCUCCCCCUUUACCACCUCGCACUGGACCUCCGCCUGGGGCCGCCUUAAGACGUUCCACUUCUGACUUGGGGCCUAAGGGAAGGAGCUCAGAGACAUCUGUCACUGAAAUGCAGAGUCGACAAGACAACAACCCAUAUGGGCUAACAACCAGAGCAGCACUUCCAUAUAUCACUGCAGAGCAGCCUCUGUCCAACUACUCAGGAAACCCAAUAACAGCAGUCUAUGCCAUCCCGGCCUCCAGGUCCGCCUACUCAGAAUACUUUCUGUCCACACCACCCACCUCCUACCACAGUCCCUCCUGGAUGUCCUAUCCACCUGAACCUGAGGAUGUACCACCACAGUGGGCAGACUCUGUGCCCCUGCCUGGGUAUGUCGAGGCUUUUCCUCAUCCUCGCUACCCACAGGGGAGCCCCACCAGGCUGCCGCUGGAGUACAACCAGGCACUGGAGCAGCCGUCCGUUGCCCCAAGCACAGCAUUCCAGCAAAGCCUUCCCCAGGUGGCGAAGGACGUGGACAGCAUGCCCCUGAGCAGCCUCUCCACCUCUGCACUCGUCCAGGCCAUCCGGCAGGAGGUGGCCAAGCUGGCGAAGAAACAAAACGAGAUGUUUGAGUUUUAA